AUGGCCAUCCUUUCGGAUUACCAAGAAGAUCAACCCCAUGAUCAACACUACUCUUCUAACUCGUUCUCUUUCAAUGCGGUUCUCGAUCCAUCAAACCCUCUAGGGUUCUUAGAAUCUGCUUUCAACUUUGUAUCUCAGAAGUCCGAUUUGUUCAAGAACGAUUCUGCUGAGAAAGAAAUCAUGUCGUCGGUUCGUUCGAUCAAGGAAAAGAUUAAGGCGCAAGAGGCUGAUCAAAAGAAGCGUUUGAAACUAGCCGAGGCUUCUGCAAAGAUGGCGACUGAUCAGAAAGAACAAGAACAAAAGGAGAAGGAGAAGGAGAAGAAGCAGCUUGUUCCAAAUCAUGGCAAUGGCCUCGACAUGGAGAAUUAUUCAUGGGGUCAGUCCCUACAAGAGGUCACCAUUAAUGUACCAGUUCCUCAUGGAACGAAAUCCAGCCUUGUUUUGUGCGAAAUAAAGAAUAAUUCUUUGAAGAUUGGGCUUAAAGGUCAACCUCCAAUCAUCGAUGGGGGGCUGUACAAGCCGGUGAAAGCUGACGAUUGCUUUUGGAGUUUGGAGGAUCAGAAGUCGAUAUCUGUUCUUAUGAGCAAGAGAGAUCAGAUUGACUGGUGGAAGUCUUUGUUGAAGAGUGGUCCGGAGAUCGAUACACAGAAAGUCGAACCAGAGCCGAGCAGGUUGUCUGAGUUGGACUCCGAAACUCGUUCUGCUGUCGAGAAGAUGAUGUUUGAUCAGAGGCAGAAGCAGUUGGGCCGUCCAUCGAGCGAUGAGAUUCAAAAGCAAGAGUUGCUAAAGCAAUUCAUGGCUCAGAAUCCAAACAUGAACUUCUCGGGAACGAAAUUUAGAUAAUCUUUCAUCUAUAGUACUUGUCCAUGCAUACAUGAUUAAUGAUGAAUUCAUGUCAUCGUGAAGAUCGAUAAUUUUGCUCCUUUU